AUGAUUGCUGUUCUGUUCUUAGCCGUCCUCUGCUUGGAAGUCGACUCAACUGUUCCAACACUUGAUCCCAGUUUGGAUGUUGAAUGGCAUGAAUGGAAGACAAAACAUGGGAAGACAUACAACACAAAUGAAGAAAGACUGAGAAGAACAGUAUGGGAGAAGAAUUUUAAAAUGAUUGAGCUCCACAAUUGGGAAUACCUAAAGGGGAAGCAUGACUUCACCAUGGCAAUGAAUGCCUUUGGUGACUUGACCAAUACAGAAUUUGGGAAAAUGAUGACUGGCUUUCGAAGGCAGAGGAUCAAGAAGAGGCACAUAUUCCAGGAUCAUCUGUUUCUUUCUGUCCCCAAAUAUGUGGAUUGGAGAAAGCAAGGCUAUGUGACUCCUGUGAAAAAUCAGGGUCAUUGUGCCUCUAGUUGGGCUUUUAGUGCAACUGGAACCCUGGAAGGACAAAUGUUCAGGAAAACAGGAAGACUGGUCCCUCUGAGUGAACAGAACCUACUGGACUGCAUGGGAUUUAAUGUUACCCAUGGCUGCAGUGGUGGCUUCAUGCAGUAUGCCUUCCAGUAUGUGAAGGACAGUGGCGGCUUGGCAACUGAGGAGUCCUAUCCUUACAAAGGACGAGGUAGAAAGUGCAGGAACCAUACUGAGAAUUCUGCUGCUAAUGUCAGAGAUUUUAUGCAAAUCCCAGGACAUGAGGAAGCCCUUAUGAAGGCAGUGGCUAAGGUGGGGCCCAUCUCUGCUGCAGUUGAUGCCAGCCAUAGUUCCUUCCAGUUCUAUGAGAGCGGCAUUUAUUAUGAGCCACAGUGUAGGAGGGUUCACCUAAAUCAUGCUGUGCUAGUUGUCGGCUAUGGCUCUGAAGGAGAAGAAUCAGAUGGCAACAGUUAUUGGCUGGUCAAGAACAGCUGGGGUGAAGAGUGGGGCAUGAAGGGCUACAUAAAGAUGGCCAAAGACUGGAACAACAACUGUGGAAUUGCUACAUAUGGCACGUACCCCAUUGUGUGAGCUGCUGGGUGGCAAGAAGGAAGGCAUGGGCUGGGGACAGUGUGUACUGAGGAGGGCUUUCCCCUUCACAGCCCCUGCUGUGUGGAAAAUGACACCUGAGUCACUGAGGUUACAUCCAUGCUUAAUGUGAAUUAAAUUCAUAAAUAUUAGUGCCAUAAACAGCAUUGUAGUAAUUACCCUCUUAUAAAAAUCUGAAUUUUCAUUUUUAAAAGGAUGUACAA